AUGGAGCAGAGCAACCAGAGUGGAAGGGUAAGUGAGUUUGUGUUGCUGGGCUUCCCAGCUCCUGCACCACUGCGGGCACUUUUAUUUGCCCUUUCUCUGCUAGCCUAUGUGUUGGUGCUGACUGAAAAUACACUCAUCAUUGUGGCAAUUAGGAGCCAUCCCACCCUUCACAAACCCAUGUACUUUUUUCUGGCGAAUAUGUCCUUCUUGGAGAUAUGGUAUGUUACUGUCACUAUUCCGAAGAUGUUAGCUGGCUUUGUUGGGUCAAAACAGAGCCAUGGACAGCUAAUCUCCUUUGAGGGCUGCAUGACACAGCUCUACUUUUUCCUGGGACUGGGCUGCACUGAGUGUGUCCUUCUUGCUGUUAUGGCCUAUGAUCGUUAUGUGGCCAUCUGUCAUCCUCUCCACUAUGGUGUCAUUGUCAGUGGCCGGCUGUGUGUGCAGCUAGCAACUGGCUCCUGGACUGGAGGCUUUGGCAUCUCCAUGGUCAAAGUUUUUCUCAUUUCUCGCCUCUCCUACUGUGGACCCAACAUCAUCAACCACUUUUUCUGUGAUGUCUCCCCAUUGCUCAAUCUUUCAUGCACUGACAUGUCAACAGCAGAGCUUACAGACUUUGUUCUGGCCAUUUUUAUCCUGCUGGGGCCACUCUCUGUCACUGGGGCCUCCUACAUGGCCAUCACUGGUGCUGUAGUGCGCAUUCCUUCAGCUGCUGGGCGCCAUAAAGCCUUUUCCACCUGUGCCUCUCACCUUACUGUUGUGAUCAUCUUCUAUGCAGCCAGUAUCUUCAUCUACGCCCGGCCAAAGGCACUCUCAGCUUUUGACACCAACAAGCUAGUUUCUGUACUCUAUGCUGUCAUUGUACCAUUGCUUAACCCUAUCAUUUACUGCUUGCGCAAUCAAGAGGUGAAGAGAGCCCUACGCCGCACUCUGCACCUCUACCAGGGCCAGGAUACUAAGCACAGGAAAGCUAGUAGAGGUGGAUAG